AAAAAAAAAAAAAUCUAACAAAUCGUCAAUAAAAUAUAAUUCUGAUUCCACGUUUUUAGUCUCAAUUAUAAUUCUGAAAAUAAAAUGCUAAAUCCCUGAGAUUAGUCCUAAAUUCAUCUAUUUAUCUUAAAUGUUAACAGUGUAAUAAGAAAACUAACAAAUAAUGCCAAGGUCGCCGAAAGAUGAUCCAAGAUACAAUGAUGCAUGGAGUUACGGUGCGGAAACCGCCGAAAAAUGUGCACCUGGUGCUCUGAAUGAUAGACAACAAACUCCAAUAACAUCGAGUGCUAAUGUUAUGAACGAUAACAGUAUGUAUGUCAAUGCAAAUUACGGCAGUGAUAUGUAUGGGAGUCAACAUUCUUAUAAACUACUAACAGGUGACACCGCAACGAACAAGGAUGAAAAGAUCGGGUUCAACAACAUGCAAAAUAUUCCCCAUGUCAGUCGGCAAAAUUAUAGUAAUGCCACACUAAAUUGGGGAGAUGGGCAGUCAUUAAAAGUGUAUGUACGCUCUGAUGAAAAUGGGCUGCCGCUAAUCGUGCCAAUGUCUCAAUACGAACUGUUCAACCACAACCAGGGACUACGCGAAAUGCCAAUUAAUUGCCAAUCACAACCACCACAAGUGUAUGGCACCAAUCAGGAUUACUCUACAAGCAACAAUAUCCAUAUGCCACCAUCAACAACCCAGAACAACUACAGUCCAGAUGGUGGAAGUGGAACAACACCUAAUUUUUUAAAAGAUUUUCUAGGUAAUCUUGAGCCAAACUCCACUGGCACAUAUUCUCCAUUCGGCCAAAACUAUCCCCUAAACCAUCCUGAUGUGCCCACUCUCAAUAUGAUGUCGAAUCCUAUCAUUGACACUAAGGCACAAGCUAUAAAAACUGAUAACUCUCCAAAAAGAAAUGAGAAUAGCCCUUUAGCUGAUACAAGCAAUAAAAAACGUAUUGUGGCCGAAGUAAAACCAAUGCGUCCCACAUAUUCUGAUGUACUUGCUAAAAAUACAAAAAACAACUCUCAGUCGGAACUCACUAAUAAGGUGAAACCACAGAAUAUUGAUACCAAAAAUAAUAAGUCCAAUGCAAAGCCAGACAAACCAGCUGCAAACUUAAAACAUAAUGAUGAUGGUAAACAUAAAAAUGAUAAGAAACAUCAAAACACUAUAUCAUCUGGUAGUGAAUCUGGUGACAUCAAUACUGAUGAUACAGAAAAACAAAAGCCAAAUAAGAAAUCUAAAAAUAAGAGAAGCAAUAUCUCCCGUAGGUGGUCGUCUCUGGAUGAUAUAACUAAUGAAGAAGAUGGCACAUAUGAACAUGGUAAUGAAAGCCAAUUUGUGUUCAUUGAAAAUCAAGAAAAGCCUCAAACGAAAAAGAAAUCCGACAAUAAAGUUAAGGUAAAUAAAAAUAGUAUUUUCGAAGAUGAGUUCAAGAUUGAUGAGGAGGAUAAUUCAGAGUUUGUCUUCCAAGAAAACCAGAAUGAAAUUUCGAAGAAGAAAAAGAAAGACAAUCGUAAUAAUCAUAAAAUUCCAAAGCCCGUACAGGACAAAAAGAAGGCUAGUCAGUGUAAAAUAAGGCGGAAUAAACCGGGUUACCUGGGUAUGGCCCAAAAUUAUAUUGAGCAUUGGGGUGGGGCCACAUGGAAGGCACUAGUGUGGUUUGCUUACCUGUUAUCUGAUGUAUGCCACAUGAGUUUUCAUCUGUCUUUUGAUUUAUGCACAUCAGUGUUCACACAAACCUAUGUGAGUUCCCAAGCGGUCUGGCGUAGUAGCAAAGAUUGGCUGUUCAAAAUGAAAGACAACAAAUACCUGCUAUACAUUGAUAGAAAAUUUGGACACACGCGGUUUGCUUUUUGGAGGAGAUUCAAAUGGUUUAAAAUCGAAACAGAUUCAGACUCUUCCAAUGAUUCGACAAAGUUAAAUACCAACAUACCACUGCCUGCCACUGGUGAGGAAGCUAUGAAGAGAUUGCUAGCAUGUAAAGGAAAAGAUCCAUAUAGUAUUCUGGGUGUGAGCGUGACGUGCACGGACGAGGAGAUCAAGCGCUACUACCGGCGACAAGCGUUCCUCGUGCACCCCGAUAAGAACCAGCAGCCUGGCGCCGAGGAGGCCUUCAAGAUACUUCAGCACGCGUUUGAACUUAUCGGGGAGCCUGAGCGGCGCGAGGCGUACGAGAGGCGUGCGCAGGAGUCGCGGCACAUGGAGGCCGCCUGGAGCGAGUUCAGCCACCUGCUGGCGCAGCUGCACGACAAGAUGGAGUUCGCCGCCAACACCAUCAGGUGCACGAACUGCGGGCGACGUCACAAACGCGUACUAACGGGGCGGCCGUGCUACGCCGCGCGCUACUGCGCCACCUGCCGCAUACGACACUCCGCCAAGGAGGGUGACAUAUGGGCAGAGUCGAGCAUGAUCGGUCUGCUGGUGAUGUACUACGCGUGUAUGGACGGCGCCGUCUACCAGAUCACGCAGUGGGCCAGCUGCCAGAAGAAGAAUCUGAAACAACUGCGGCCCGACUGUCACGUGGUGCAGUACCGCAUCGUGCUCGGCAACAAGGCGGCCUCCGCCUCCGAGCUACACCAGCGACCCUCCACUGGUCACGAUCCCAACCUGGAAGAGUUUCUGAACAAUCUGUACAGCAAGUCUGGCGCAUCGCCAUCUGGUGGCAGCAAGCCGCCCGACACAGAUGCUAAGAAGCGACGCAAUAAGAAACCAAAAGCUUAAUCCGACCCGCCCGAUGUUCCUGCCCAUAUUUGAUCGUAAUCGAUGGAUGUUGGGUAAUUAAUUAAAAGUAUUUUUACAUUUAAUUUACAGGGAAUCGAUUUUUUUUACCAUAGACAAUAAUUAUGCGCAGCAAAAUUUUUAGUACAAUUGUAACUGCGCAAGUCACUGCAUUAAAUGAAAUCAAACCAUAGACAAUUCAAUUACCAUAAUUGUAGUAUUAAAAUCAUGCUCAAGUUGCAGUUCGCAGCGUAAGAACAAAACCAUAAAAAAUCUGCUUGUGCAAUAAAUGAUUUUGUGUGUGUAUAUAUAUAUAUAUAACUCAAGUACUUUGCUGUUAUCAAUACCUAGCACAGAAAAUGCCGACUGUAUUUUCAAAAAUGUCUCUAUGUGAAUUUAUUAAAUUCAAAUGUUCGUUCCCAAUAAUCUGUCUGCCAUUUGGCUUAUAGUGUAUUAAAAUACAUGAUGAACGCUCUAUAUAAACAACUCAUGGUGGUUCAACCACUUUCAAUAAAAAAAAAUCUUAUUAGGAAAAGUUGCUUAGAGGGAAAAAAGGAGUAUAAGAAUACUUACCGUCUGGAAAAUAUUUUUUUUUUCAAACAUGCUUGGAAAUGUGAGCAUUAUUUUGACAAUCUUCUUCGAGAUAAAUCAAAAUUGCUGUACUGGCCAGAUACAUGCGGGCAGCGGCCGGCCAAAGUUGUAAGAACAUCCAUAUUUGUCGUGUUUUGCGGCCAGAUAAAUUACUAUAUAAACUCAUAUCUGUCCUGUAAUUUAAAAAUGGAAUGACCUUUUACUUCGAAACGUGGCUACUAAGAAGGUAACUAAUAAAAGAUUUUAUUUAAAUUUUGAACUGGCUUGCAAAUAGAAAGCUGUUUAUUGAAAAAAAAACAAAGGAACAUUAUGGCGCGUGAAAAAUUAUUAUUGUUCGUUAUUCGUUAUUGAACUUAAAAAGUAAAAUUGUGUUUUUGAUUUCCGCGCAUUGUUUGAGAAAAGUACUAUACAAGCCUUGGCCACAACUAGGCAUUGAUGGACUCACGUAUGCCUCGGCUACGCCUCGGCCCAUUUGCACGUUCAUCCAUCAAUGCCUCAGUUGCUGGCCGCUGCAGUAAUGUACUAUAUUUCUUUUACUAAGCUGAGUAGAAUAAAUAAAAUAUAAUGUUGCUUUUAUAGAGCGUUCACUGUAUAACCUUAAUAUGCGAAAAUUAAUCGAAUAUAUUUGAAACUGAUUAGUUUUAAUGGAUAGUUUUAUAUUAAAGGUAUAUUAUUGGGAACAACAAAGUUUUUAAGAUUACACAUACAAAACAGUAUGUAUUAUUAAUAUCUCUAUACCUUAUCUCAUUAAAAAUUACAGAUUUCUUUGCUUGAACAGUAACCUCUCCCGUUUUUAAGCUUACAAUUAAAAAUUCUUCUUAUAACCUUAUUUGUAGCUGAAUGUCCAUCGUUUUCAGGAUUCCUAUCAUAAAACUUUUAUCUACCAAACAUACUGGCCAAAUAUCACGAUGUAUCACUAAAAAGGCGUUAAAUAGAAAGUCAUGUCACUUAGGAUAUUAUUACGUUAUUAUAUUUAUAUAAAUAUCAAGGUCUGGUUUCGAUUUUAAUAUUAUUUAUUUAGUUGAUUUCUUCUCGAGCUCCAUUCUUCAUAAUAACUAAAACCAACAAACCUUAACUAUUCUUUCUAUUAAAUAGUUUUAUCACUUUCUUUCAAAUUGAGAAAUUAGCGCAAAAGAAAAAGAGAAAACAUUUCAAUACGUAAGUAAAAUAAGUGUAUGAGACUAAUGUUUAAUGAAAUAUAGACUUAGAUUAUAUAGAUAAAGCAUUGAGUAUCAAAAACGUAUUGACAUGUAGUCAGCUAAAUUGAUAUUGGGCAGUCUCAAUUUAAAAGAAAAAUUUAAAACAGACACGCCUUUUUUUUCAGUGUUACUAGUAAUUGGAUAAAAAAUAUCCCAGAUCAAGUCGAUUUCUUAAGUUUGUAUUGAAAACUAUUUUUUUUUCUGAUAUAAAUAUGCAUAUACUUACAAUUAUGGCAAUUUUCAAUUAUUAUAAAUCAAGCGUCAUUACAAAUCUUUAUGCACUGUUUACCUUGUUCUUUAAAAUAUAUUUUUAUUUGUUUUAAUUUUUUAUUUCAUCUUAUAAUGUAAUUUCUCCUAUAUACUGAGUAAUAAAUGUACAUUAUGAUAACUUUAUUAACGCACACAUCGAUAAAAAAGUUGAUCUGUUUUUGUUUCUAUAUGGGACAAUAUGGUGAAAAUAAAUAUGAAUAAAAUUAAGCCAUAGACAGAGUAAUCUCGGACAUAGACUAAAAAAAUAACAUAGAUACCAGGGACCAGGCCAUCCCUUGUAAAUUAUAAAUGCAACAAUAGAUAUGUUUCACCUGAUAAAGCAACAAAUCAAUUUAAUAAAUUAUUAUUCAUUAUAAUAUUUUAUUAAAAUGAAAACGAAUUUACUUUUAUGGGUAAUUAAUGUAAUUAUAUCCUUUGAAUAUGAAAUGUAAUAAACCGAUAAGAUAAAAGUUUUAUGAAAGGGAAGUCUUGAUCGAUCUCUCACAUAACUAGAAAACUAAGAAAAUUCUGCCUUUCAAGUUAUAUAUAAUAAUAUAUAUAUAACCAGUCAAUAAAUUAACUAUUAUAUUUAUUUGGGUGUAAUCAAGAUAAGCACUCAAAGGAUAUUGUAUUAAAUUUAGUCAAAUUCGUUGACGUACCUACUUAUUAGGUUAGUUUCAUUGUAACUCACACUGUGAGCACGACUCGAUAUCGCUUGAAAUUCCAUUUCGAUAAAUACUGAUUGAUAUUUUUUUUAAUAUAAAUGUUUUCAAAUUUAUAUCGGAAACUUGCCAGUGUUGCCAGGAUGAAAUGUUGUCUAUGACCUUUUCCAUCUCAAUUAUAAUUUUUAUGACAAUUGGUUUGUUAAAGCGCUAAGAGGAGACAAAUUUGCCUUUACAACCCAUUAAGGUCUCACUACGAGGUAAGGGUUCCCCUACCCUUCCUUUUAUGAGGGCACUAUAUAGUUUAUUAUUACCACGCUGGCCAGGCGACCCGUCAUAUAGAAUUUUAUUUCGAAUACACACUGGUACUUUUUAAUUUAUUGUAAAUAAUUUUCAUCGAUAUUCCAGUCAUGCUUAAAGUCUCUUUUAAAUAUGUUUAACGUAUUAAUUUUUUAUUCUAAUGAGAAUAUUUUUUAUUUUUUAAGUUUGUGAUAGUCAAGUAUCAUUUUAGUGUAACGUAAACAAAUGGCUUUGCAUUUAAUACGCUGAAUUCGAAGUGAAGUGAAUUUAUUAAUUAAUAAUUACUAUAAUGUAAACAUUAACAAUCUUCCAUUGUCACUAUUUUAUUAAAAAUCGUAUUCAUACUAGGAUCUCUUGUGGACAUACAAUUACUUCGAAGACUGUAUUUUCUAUGUACUCAUAUGUCCAGUAGAUGGCUAAUGUCAAAGUAUCUAGUUAAUGUCAGACAUCAUAUACUAAAUGCAUAGCUACUGAAUUCGUUUCUCGGCCAAGCCAGAUCAAUAUAACUCCGUUUAAGAAUGCAUUUAGUAUUGCGAACUAAUAAUAAUUCAAAACCAGUCAUAUUGCCAUCAAAAUUCAUAUUUCUAACCUCCAACAAAUGGAGAAUGUGUUGUAAUUCUAAUUUAGACUCUAAAAAUUAUAUUAAUAUGGUUUAAUGUAAUAAAGCAGCUGGUUCUGCUUAAAGAAAAUACCAUUCUAGUAGAAAUGGUAGAAAAUUUUUAAAAUACUAACUUCGCGUUAGGAUCUCUAAUUGAUAUUUUCAAAAUGGAAUUUUAAUAUUUGGGCUCUAGCUGGACUCAAACCUACGUCAUCAUAAUUCAGAUUCAAAAUUUGAGUCCUAGUGGAGCAAAAAUAUUCAGUCCAUUUUUCUAAUAUUCGUUAGUAGAAUUGUAAGUUAAACAAUUUGUCAUUUUCUUCACUUGUAAAAAUCUGUAAUCACCGAAUAGUACAAUUUUGCAUUAAUUUUGAUUGAAUAUUGUUGUUUACAUUUUGUUUGUAAUGUAUUAAUUAUUAAUAUUUAUGUUGCAAAAAACGUUAUAAACACACGCAAAUAUAAUUUGUCUCGUUACUUUAUAAUAUAUAAUUAUUAUUUAAUUUCUUUUUAGAAAUAAAAUUUGGCCAAGUGCGAGUCAGACUCGCUCAGUCAGUUAUGUAUAAUUAAAAAAAAUAGUUUUUUUGUGUUGUAACUACAAAUUUACAGUUUCGUAUUUUUUCUUUUACUUGUGCUGUACAAUAUUGCUUGAUGCAAGAUUUCAUGAUUCUAGGUCAACGGGAAGUACUCUAUAGGUAUUGAGUUCAAAUGUCAAAAUGUACGCUAUAAAAGACUGUAUCUUUUGAUUGCGUUGACUUAGAACUUUGAUUUUUUACACGGCGUCAGACUUGAAUAUUUAAUUUCAGAUCAAUGCCUCCACGCAUUUCUGAGAAAAAAAAGUUUGACAAACGGGCAACAAAGUGACCCCAUAUGGGGUCCGCUUUUUUUUUUUAGAGGUUUGGAACCCUAAAAAUUAAUGAAGUUCUAAAAUAAAGAGAUUAUAUGAAAUUUAAGUUAAACUGUAUUUUAUAACGUCUUUUACAGCAUUUCACUGACAUGUGAUACAAGUCGAUAAUUUUACCGAAGAAGCGUAUAAUUUUAAAAAGUAAUUUAAAUAUAAUUUAUGUUAAUUGACGUAUUAUUAUAUCUAAAAAGUUCAACAAUCAUUGCAUGCAAUAACAUGAGAUCCAUCUAGUACACUUAUUAUAAAUUUCCUACCUAUGCAACCAGAAAUUGUCUUCCGGUAAACAAAAGUGCCUCGUCUUCAGAACGCUAAAUGUACAUUCUAAUUGAGUAGUAACAAGAAUUAAUCAUGAAACCCAUUACUACUGUUAAUCAUCUUGUCAUUUUUACAGUGAAAAUUCGGAAAGUGAUUUUCACUCUCAAUGACUUAAUACCACACUUGCUUCAUAAAAAAUUCGCAUGCUACUUGUGAAAUAUACUUAACAAGAAUGUACCAAUAGCUUGUAAGAAGAGGCCAAUGAUCUCAAACAUAGGACGUAAGCCGCCUAUGUAUCCGACCAGUAUAGCACCAAGUUAUCGACUUUGUUUCACAUGAGCUAGAAGCAUAUUUGUUUCACUGCCUUUAUACCGGAGAUUAUCGGUUAACGUUAGACUAGUGGCGAAGAGAUUGCUGUCCUAAAGUUCACUGUGCGUAGGCCUUCGUGCUUCAUGUGUCAAUAAAGAUGUGGAAAUAACA